GUGUGGACCCUAGUUCAUCUUUUCAAUCAAUCAUGCUCCUAAAAACCAAUGAGGAUAUGGGAGAAGCGGGACUUGCAGCGCAUCAAGGGUCACAAUUUGAACAAAGUUAUAUUUUAGCACCUGGCUACGCAGAUGCUUGUUGAUGUGCGCGAUCAGUGUGGGUGCAAUGAUUGAAUAACUUGUAUGUGUACAUUUAUUUUGCAACGCUUGCGCACAUGAAGCGAGCAGUGUGGUCAGCAUGUUUACAACAAUUCUGUUAUUGUUAUUAGAGUGCUGAAAAGAACCUCAAGAAUGUUGGUGAUGACGUUGUGCUCCACCUGCUUGACGAUAAACCAUUUUUCAAAAGUUCAACUCCUGUUUAUUUUACUCGUUGUGAUUGCAUAAUGUUGUUACAACUGUCCAGUUCUCAAACACAGCACAUUCUCCUCUACUCAAUGUGGAAGUUACGCGAAUCAUCUCAAAGCUUUGUAGUUUUAUACUAGCUUUCAUUCUGCUUACAUCUUGCACACCUGGGAAACAAGCACCGCCUUUACAUGUCUGUCUGCAAGCAGCCAAGUAGUCAAACCAGUCCGAAUAUUUGGAACAUAACCUCUGCAAGACGUUCACAGAAGUAAACUCAUCAGCUGUAGUUGUACAUAGUCAUGGAUGUUGAACCUGGCUGUGGAGACAAUAAUGGAAACCUUAAGCCUGAACCCGAACCGACCAAUCCUGAUUCCACAGAGGGUGGCCCAGAGAGUCCCAAACCAAGAAAGAUUGUAGCCUUCACAGCCAAACUAAACAUUUGUGACAGCUACCCAAGUCACAGCAGUAUCCUGAAGUUUGCCAACGUCCUGGUCAAUGAGGGAGACGGCUAUAGUACUCAUACAGGAAAAUUCAACUGCCCACUGGCUGGCUUGUACCACUUCACAUUGCAUAUGUCCACCUACGGCCGCGCCCAGUGUAGUAUCUUAAAGAAUGGCCAGCGGGUUGUCUCAGCAUACCACACCAGCCUGCCAGACAAGUGUUGCCAGGUAGUCAGCAUUGGUAGUGUGAUUGAGCUCACUGAAGGAGACCAGGUUUGGGUUAAUCUGUGGGGACCUACAAGACAUGACAUUUUUGCUACUGAAGACAAUGACACUGUGUUUGUUGGGUUUCUUUUGGCAUAAUAACUUCAUUGCAUACUAAGAGGGUGUCCUGAUAUGUAUUUAUUUAGUGCCAAUUUACUUGUGUUCAACUCCUCAGUGGUGUAAUUAAAUUGAUAAUGUAUUUUAUCGGUUAACAACAACGCAUUUUUUACAUUCUGAUAAUAAUAAACACGGAAUGACA